AUGAUGUGCACCCACUCCCACUGGAUUCUAUGUUCAUUCCUGAUGGUCCUGUCUCUGAGUCAUGGCUUGGAGGACCAGACAGAGCAGCCCUCUGGCCGGAUCAGCUGCCCAGAAGGCACCAAUGCCUAUGACUACUACUGCUACUACUUUAUCCAAGACCUUGAGACCUGGGCUGAUGCCGAUCUCUACUGCCAGAACAUGCACUCCGGUCACCUAGUGUCGGUGCUUAGUCAGGCCGAGAGCAACUUCGUGGCAGCCCUAAUCAAGGAGAGCAGCACCGAUGACCUCAACGUCUGGGCUGGCCUCUAUGACCCCAGAAUGAACCGCCGCUGGCGCUGGAGCAGUGGGGCCCUGGUCUCAUACAAAUCAUGGGCCAGUGGAUCUCCGAGCACUGACAACCCUGGCUACUGUAUGAGCCUUACUUCAAAGUCAGGUUUCAAAAAUUGGAAGGAUGAAAAUUGCGAAUCAAAGUUCUCUUUUGUCUGCAAGUUCAAAAUCUAG